AAGUAUUUUAUUCUAUUGAUUUGCUUAAUUAAGCUGCGAAAUAAUGACACUUAAGCUUGCCCUUGUAGUCACACUCUUUGUAGCCUCAUGCGCUGUUUCAAAAGGAAGAUCUCUUACAUUUUCGACGAAAUCACUUGAUCGUUAUAGUUUUCCUCCUGAUUUUAGUUUUGGUGUUGCUUCUUCAGCUUAUCAGUAUGAAGGUGCAAUCGAAGAAGGAGGAAGGACGUAUAGCAUUUGGGACAACUUCACACAUGCAUAUCCAGGUGGAAAGCUUAGCGAUGGGGUAAACAGCGAAGGAAUUCAAUUCUACAAAAAUCUCAUUGAUGAACUUAUCAAGAACGGCAUUAAACCUUUUGUUACUAUUUAUCAUUGGGAUAUCCCUCAAGUUUUAGACGAUGAGUAUGGUGGUUUCUUAAGCCCUCGGAUAAUUGAUGAUUUCCGGAACUAUGCUAAAGUGUGCUUCGAAAAUUUUGGUGAAAAAGUUGAUAUGUGGACAACGUUCAACGAACCGUAUGUUUAUAGUGUUGCGGGUUAUGAUAGUGGUAAUAAAGCAAUGGGACGAUGCUCGAAAUGGGUAAACAAAUUAUGUGUGGCUGGUGAUUCAAGCACGGAACCUUACUUAGUUUCUCAUCAUCUUCUUCUAGCUCAUGCUGCAGCUGUUGAAGAGUUUAGAACUUGUGACAAGAUUUCACAAGACGCACAAAUAGGCAUAGUGUUAUCUCCGUUUUGGUUCGAACCUUAUGAUAUUGCUUCCCAUGCUGAUAAAGAAGCAGUUGAACGAGCUCUUGCCUCCUAUAUUGGUUGGCAUCUUGAUCCUCUAGUCUUUGGAGAUUAUCCGGAAACAAUGAAGAAAAACGCUGGAAACAGAUUACCUUCUUUUACCAAAGAACAAUCAGAAAUGGUCAAAAACUCAUUUGAUUUUAUUGGAAUAAACUAUUAUACAGCCCGAUUCGUCGCUCAUCAGUUGCAUAGUGACCCUUCACGACUUCGUUUUAUGACGGAUCAACACCUUGAGUACAAAAGAUUUGAUGACUACGAUGUUGGAACAAUUCCCCGUGAACAAAUAUUAAAGGACACAAAGAGGAUAGAAUACCACGAGAAACAUCUUCAAGAACUCCAUAAAGCUAUCACUGAGGAUGGAUGUGACGUCAGAGGCUAUCUCGUAUGGUCGUUGUUGGAUAACUUGGAAUGGGAACAUGGAUACAAGGUGAGGUUCGGUCUCUAUUAUAUUGACUACUCAGACGAUCUAAAACGAUAUGCUAAAGAUUCUUCCAAGUGGUUCAAACAUUUCCUCGAGAGAUCAGAACAUCCGACACUCUUGGAUAUGUUUAAGAGUAUGAAGAAGUGGUGGCAUGCGCUGCAUAUGAUAUAAGUUCUUUAUAAAAAUGAUUCGUUAUU